AUGGCAUCAUUACAGGCUAAAGAGGAAGUUUUUCUGAGUCUCUCAUUGAAGUGGCCGAACGGUGAUGAACCAACGGGCUUGCAGAAAUCGAAAAAGAGUCUUGAGAAGACUCUUCAGACUUGGUUCAACAAACACAAAACUAAGGUGGACUGCGUAGUUGAGUCAAUAAAAGAUGGGACUGGCGUGGUAAAGGUUUCACCUCCUCCAGAGCUGAGAAUUCUUGAUGACCUGACUGGAAAAACACUGACCAGCAGAGAUGGGGAAAAAGUCACCAUAAUGUCAAUCAGUCUGACAAAGACAGGCGCCCAAACAUCAGAUGAUGCCUCAACGGGCCCUCCUCCCUCGUUGCCAGAGCCUCAGUCUGUAUGUGCUAGGGAACAGAUCACAAAAAUGAAUACUGGAAUGUUUGCUUUUCAAAGAAUUGACAUAUCUAAAUUUGUUUCUAUUCAGGAUAAAAUGCAGGCUGAAAAACAGAGUGAUCCUGUUUCUACAGCAGGAAACACUCUUGAAGAGCGAACUAUGGCAGCUGAACAUUGUCUUGUCCCAGUGGGUCUGUUCUUCUAUGUCAGCAACAUCUACAAGGAGGAAAUUAAACGCAUAGAGACAAAACAUAGAGUUAGAAUCGAGUCGAAUGUCUCUGUGAAAAUGCAAGCUGGCCAGGAGGAUGGGAAUGGAAAGGAAGCAGUCACUGAAUUUAUUAACCUUAUCCAAAAGGGUUUAUCUGAAUACAAUAACACAGUUACUCCUCUCAAGUUUGUGGAUCCAGAUCAGUGGGGUAACGCCCUGAAAGUCGUCCAGACAAACAAGAACAAGCUUUUGCUCUCUGUGACCUCUGAAGAAAUAACUACGUGGGGGCCAACGCAAAGUCUGCAGGCUUUCAGAGCAUCUUUAAACGCAACAAUUAAUCCUCUCAAACAAAGUGAACCAGCCCUGCAAAACACAACACCGAAGAUAGAUAUGACCAUCAAGGACCCGCUGGUUAGUGCUGGACUGGACAUUGAUGAUCCAGUCUGGAAGCUGAUGACUACAUCUUCUUAUGAACAAAUAGCAAAGAUCAAAGCUAAGUUUGGUGUGGACUUUGAAGAAAUCCGCAGGGUUCGAGGCAAAGUAACCGUCAAAGCUACCUUCUCGAGACCUGGAGGAAACACGGCAAUGGAAAGUCACGCCAUCAGAGCUGUUCUGAAUCUGUACCAGCAGACAGUCCUAUCUGACCGUUCCCUCAGCCAACUGUCCGGUGCUGCCUGGUCCAGUGGCUCACUGAAUAGCUUCACCAGUGCUCAUCUGUCAGAGGGGGCCUCCGGGGGACUGUCUCUGAGUGGAGAGUCACCACAGCAUCACACCAAACCAUCCAAAGGAAGGGGGGCGACAGCAGAAGAUACAGAAGAAGAAAACUGUCCUAUUUGUUUGGGUCCAUUCACCAACAAGGAGCAACUGAAGUGCAAACACGAAUUCUGUAAAGGGUGCCUGAAAAGCGCAGUGCAACAUGGUGGGCCCAUCUGUCCAAUAUGCAAAGAUGUCUUUGGUGUCAUAGAGGGAGACCAGCCAGCAGGAACAAUGGAGUUCUUCACAUACAACACACCUCUGCCGGGAUUCCCAGACUGUGGCCACAUAGCAAUAACUUAUAGAAUUCCCGAUGGAGUGCAGACGAAAAUUCAUCCCAAACCUGGACAGCGCUAUUAUGGUACUAACAGAACAGCUUAUCUUCCCGACAAUCGAGAGGGCAACGAAGUACUUCAACUCUUGACCAAAGCAUUUAAUCAGAAGCUGAUUUUCACUAUUGGGACAUCCAGAACAACCGGCUCAGACAAUAUGGUUACCUGGAAUGACAUUCAUCACAAAACAUCCAAGUAUGGAGGUCCACAGAGUUUUGGUUAUCCUGACCCAGACUAUCUGAAACGAGUCAAAGAGGAGCUGAAGGAUAAAGGCAUUAAGUGA